AUGGCAAGUGGUUGUAUUGGCCCACAAGAUAAUAGAUUGGUCUAUCUUGUAACUUAUAGUCAAGCAGACUUGACAAAAUUUAGCUCUCGAGAGGAAUUUGCUGAAGCAUUAGUUCUUGCGUUUAGCAAGGAUAAUAGUGUUAUACAAUGGUGCUGUUGUUUGGAAGACCACGAGGAUGGUGGCAAGCAUUAUCAUGUUGCUAUCAAGCUUAAAAAAAACAACGAUGGCUUAAAAUUAAGAAAUUCUUGUUAGACGACUACAAUAUUUCGGUACAUUUUUCAUCCGUUCAUCACAACUAUUUUAGUGCUUGGCAAUAUGUUACAAAGACGAAUCGUGAGUACUCGCAAAGUGAUGGUCAUCCAGAUUUGACGAAUGGCGAACCACCGAAGACUGAUUCUGCUAGUGCUGCAAUAGUCGAGGGAAGAGAAGAAUCUGAUAGCGAAGGAGAUGAUGCGACGGGGAAAAGAUCGAGAAAACGUAAAAAGAGGCUCACGUCAUUGGAAGUAGCGGAUAUUAUUCAGUCAAAGUCCAUAAAGACUCGUACCCAACUGCUCGCUUUUAGCCCAACUACAGAAAGAUGA